AUGGAACACUCCGGAGACGGAUUGAAAGCCCUUGGCGGCCGUUGUUCGGCCAUUCAUAAGGACAUUCUCUACCUCUUUACCGGUUCCAAGUUACUGUCAUUACCGCUUGAAAGGAAUGCGACGGUCUCCGAGGAGGCUCUUCCUGAGUCUGCUUCAGGUCCAGCAUGCGUGAAGGUGUCACAGGGCGGAGACGAUGUGCUGUACGUGAUCGGUGGAGAUGACACAUCAGACGAGUACUCCGGCCUGCAGCGAUAUUCUUUCGGAAACGACAGAUGGGAUACUCUGUCACCGCCCGUGGACGUGCUCCGAACUCGGACGAACCACAGUGUCGCGUAUCUACAGGACACCGAUGAAAUCCUGAUUUAUGCUGGCUCGACCGUUGCUGCACCAUCUUUGCUGUCGUCCCAAACCUUUCUGCUUUCAACCAAACCCCCAUACAACAUCCGAUCUUUUACCUCAAAAGCGCCGCCAGCGACACGGCCUAUAUUACAGCCAUGGAACAGCAGUCACGCUGUGAUGGUGGGCGGGGAGUCUACUAAUACUGGCGUAUGGCUAUUCGGCCCUGAGCAAGGCUGGUCAAAAUUUGAAACGAGCUUGACCGACCCACUGAAUGCGAAUGCGCAAGGCAUCUUGAUUACCGGUACGGAUGGCAGCAAGGUUUUGCAGGUGUACGAAACGAGUCAGUCCCCGAAUGCGGUUCGAAAUAUCGUCCUUCAAGGAGCUUUUGGGGUUCCAGCUGCCCCCGGAACGACUGUUGGCGGCGGUUCAUCGCCAUCGUCGAGGAAGCGGAAACGCGAUCUGACAUUGAACGAUUGGCCCGCGUACAACAAGACGAAUGCCCCAACAUCAACAAGGACGGACUAUUCCCUCGCCCAGCGCGCCGAUGGACUUGUUGUCAUGGCCGGAGGCAACGAGCAAGAGCCGAUCAUCAUGUAUGAUCGAGAGCGCAAUUCCUGGGUCGACACUGACGAUAUAUUUGGCCAACAACCUCUCAUACCGACCUCGACUCCAUCUGCCACGACAUCGGCCACGAGAACCUCGACACCGUCAGCAUCCACAUCCGCUGCUGCUAAGGAGGCAGGUGCAGCAGAGAAUGAGGACCAUGACAGAACAAUGCGAACACUCGGCAUCACGCUUGGCGUAUUGUGUGGCAUCGGGGCGCUUUUCAUUCUGAUACUGCUGUGGCUGCGGUGGCGAAAGCUCAAAGCGAAGAAGCAGGAAGGUUACUUGCAAGAAAAGGAUGGGGCCGACCAGAACCGAAUGAGCUUUGCAGACCGAGGCGCGUCCUUUAUGAAGGAGGCUGGGAUGUCCGCCGACGAUCUUUCAGGAUAUGACCGCCCAUGGAAUCCCUCGGCGAAACAGAAUGCUCAUUCCUCGCUUGCCAUCAUGACCGGAAAGUACGGCAAGUUCAAGGCAAAUAACCACGCGCCGAAAGCCAGCUUCGAGAGCACUGCCCAGCUUGUUAAGAACAAGAAUGGUAACAUGCUACCGUCUGACAAUCUCGAAAUGAUGGACAUCGGAGACAAGAGCUUCAACGGGAGCACUACCAGUCUAGCUGUGCCUGGCGCCGCUGUUCUUAACGGGAACUCGCUAGACAAGGAGGUCAGGGCAGAGAGAUCGCGGAGCUCGGGCUGGUCGAAGUACUUUGCCACGACCGCACCGAAUGGGCCUAACGGGCUCUCUCACAUCCCUUCGGCCUACAUCAAACCCGGCACAUCGCCCAUUCCGGAGUCAGAGUACUCGAGUGAUGAGCGAGACCGCGUUUCUCGGAUACCGUCCUCCGUGAUGGUUGCGCCCCUCGAUAUCGACUUCAAGAAGACAGUCGACGGACAACGCUUGUCGCACGUAGCUGCCCGAUCACCAGCAUUAUUUGCUCGUCGCAGUAGUACCGAUAUCUAUGAAGGUCAGCAGGGACUCAUCGUCGACCCUAAUGACCCUCAUCGAUCACAUGCUACAAGCAUCAGUUCAUACGGCAAUCGAUCUACAAUGGACAGCACUGCCACGAGCGAGUUUUGUAACGAGUCUGGACAAACUCUCUGGACUCCCAUGAGCGCCAAUCCUCCCAUGCCUGGCAACAGCACUGCCCAUGCUCAGAAUAUGGAUCGAGAUCGACGCACAAGCAGUGUUUACACCGCCAAUCCCUACGACAUCGAGAGUCGAAGGCCAUCCCGCGGGAAGUCCGCUGGAUUCUUUCCUGGAACGGGAGUUGGAUAUGCGAAGCCUUCGAAGGUCAAGCUCAGCCAUAACGCCAGUCCAACAGCAGAUUGGGCCGCUCCUCCCCGAGCUCCUUUCGCGGCAAAGCCUGCUGGGGAGAUCCGAGAUAGUACUUCGUCCAUCGUGACUAUCUUUCCUGGGGUGCCCAGCUCGUACUACGAAGACAAGACAAAGGCGGAUACACGUCCAGGCGCGGAAGACACGCAACCUAGGAAUACGGACUUGAGCUGGUUGAACUUGGAUGCGAGCAAACCUCCAACUCCCAAUUAG